UAUUUUGUAUCAUUCAUUCGUUGUUCAUCAUAGAAGCAUCGCAAAAAGCGACCAAAAAUUCGCGACAACAUUUUGUGAAAAGUUUAAAAAAAAAAUCAGUGAAAAUAACAAACAAAAAUGGAUAACAUUUUCAAAUUCUGUGGAUUUAUUGGAGUCUUUGCACUUCUCAUCAGCACCUGUGCGGCUAUUCCAAAAUACGAAACGGCCAGCAAAAGCUACACAAUGGCCGAUAAACAUGCUCCACCUCAAUGGGAUCGUUCAUACAAGGAAAACGAUACAUACGCUGCCCCCACGUCUGAUCGUGUCGAACGAUUGGGUUAUUCAACGGGCUAUGGAUCUGUAAACUCAUAUCCACAUUCUGGCGUUGGCUAUGGAUACAGUCCGAUGAAAAUUGAUUUGGGUGGCGUGGUUCUCGGUGCAAUUAUUGGCGUUGGUGCUUUGUUGAUCAUUCCGAAAAUUGUUGGCAGUUUGAAUGGUGGUUAUAGUGGAUACGGUGGAUAUAGUGGUAAUUAUCGCAGUGUUGAUGGUGGUGAUCCAACCGGUUUCUCCGAAAUGCUCGCCAAAUUGGAUGACAUUUUGGGCAAAGAUAAUAUUGAUUCAACAAAUUGCAUGCAACGUGCUGUUUGCACCUAUGUUCGUCAAUCGGUUUACCACCAUAAAAUGGGCACCGCCGAUCAAACCGAUCAAAUUGUCAACGCAUUGUCCGACAAUGCACUCAUUGACUACAUGCUCAACGGAACGGCAGUAAAAGAAGCAUUGGAAAAUGGUAAAAACCUCGAUGCAGACCCAUGUGAAAAAAUAUACAACAGUUGCCCAUUGAACAAGGAUCAGACGUUGCAAAUACUUUCAAAAUUGAUGCCAGGUGCGGGAGCAGCUAGCACUUAAUACAAUCCAUAUAUUUAAACGACUUUGACAAUUGCCUUUAUUCACAAACAAUAUCCAAAAAAACCAAAACAAUUUGUAUAGAUGAUAAGACAUUUCGUUCAAAU